AUGGAUGCAACUACUAGUUUGGGUUCGGAGGGUUUAACUGAACUCACCACCUUACAUACUACUACUACUUCUGUAUAUCAACCAAUUAAUCUAUAUCAAAAAUUAAUUGACUUACCUCCUUCACAACAACAACAACAACAACCUAUCACACCAAUACAUUUAAUAUAUUAUAAUACAAAUAUAGAUAUGAAAUUAGAAGUUGUACCACCAGGUACACAUAUUUAUCAGGAAGAGUUGAAAAACUCAUUAAAAUCACCAAGACGAAGAUCACCAAGCAAAAUAUUUACAAAAUUGGUAAAGAGAGAUUCAGACACGACAGUAUUGAAUCAUGCUUACCAAGUUAAACGAGCACUCAUGGAGAGUGUUAGAGAAGUCAAUAAUAGUACCGACGAUUGUCUAGACUAUGGAAGUGACUCGGAAAAUGAAUCAUGCUCCUCUGCCGCAUCGUCUCCAACCAGGUCACCAACAACAUGUUGUUCAAUCAUAACAAAUAGAAAUCAAUUUGAUGAAUCAUAUACUAUAGGUCCUCUUAUUGGAGAAGGAUCAACUUGUAAAGUUUAUUGUGCAACCAAUAAAAAAGAUAAAAAGAAAUAUGCAGCAAAAGUAAUUCCAACAAAGAAAAUAUUUAAAAAAGAUUUCAAAUUAGUUUCCAAGGAAAUUGGAAUCAUCAAGUCACUAGACCACCCAAACAUUAUUAAAUUACAUGACACUUAUAUAACCCUUGAAAAUGUUUAUAUUAUUAUGGAUUUUGUCGACGGAAAAGAAUUAUUUGAUGAAAUUCUAGAAAAGAGAAUAUUAUCAGAAGAUUAUGCAAAAUCAAUUACCAAACAAAUAAUUGGAGCAUUGCUCUAUUUACAUAACAAUCGUCAUACUGCGAUUGCACAUAGAGAUUUAAAGCCAGAGAAUAUAAAAUUUUCUUCGCGAACCAAUUCCAUUAAAUUGUUGGAUUUUGGAUUUGCAGGCUACCUAAAUAAUAAUAGUAAACCAAAUGAUCCAUCUUUAUCACCAUCCUCAUCUUCGCCAUCAUCAUCGGCUGAUAGAAUUGGGACAUUGGGAUAUGAAGCUCCAGAAAUUGUCACUGGAAACUCAAAUAUCACUUGUAAAGUUGAUAUGUGGGCACUUGGCGUCAUCACCUAUAUCAUGUUGUGUGGUUAUCCACCAUUCUUUUCGCAACAAGAGUACCGUGAAGACAAUUAUUUAAACUACUACCCGUUUUGGCUACUGUUCAACGAAGAUACCGCUUAUCUUCGAGAGUCCAUCAUCGACUCUAAAUUCGAUUUUUCCUCCGAUCACUGGACCAGUGUCUCGGAUGAUGCCAAACACUUUAUCGCAUCACUCUUAAAAGUCAAUGUCGAUGAGAGAAUGUCGGCUCUUGAAGCCGUCUCUCAUCCAUGGUUACUUUCCAGAGAUCUUUCUUCCGCCACCGUAUCACCAUCCACUCCCCUAUCUCCAUCUCCUCCGUCACCACUUUCUCUUUCUGUUUCAACUGAUGAUAAUAAUGAGUCAAGUGAAUAA